AUGCGGACCUCGCCUCCAUAUACCCUGCGUACAAAUCCAGGCAGUGUGCCCACCGCAGACAUCACACAAUACUACCUAGACGAGGACUUGACCAAACUCGCAGGCUUCAUCACCAGUGUACCCCCAGAUCUCUUAUACAACAUCAUGUCCGCCGCGACUGAAGCUGACCUCAGAGCACUCCUCGCCCUUAUCAACCCAUCCGACCUACGAAUCGAGCCCGGCUACCUUAUGACCAGAACGUGCGCGCGCGUGUCAAACUGGCUAAGAAACGGAAGUCAAAGAUGGGCGGUAAGUAAGGACGUUAUUCCGUGUGCCCUCUUCCUCCUCCUGAAGUUCAGGGUUUUGACGCGCGAUGGGGUAUGCAAUUCGCAGACGCACGAGGAGAGUCUCAGGCUCGCUGCGGCCAUCAAGACUGCGUAUGGAAAUCUUUGCGACAGCAGGGUAUCGCCGAAGGCAUGGGCCGACGUCAUGGGUAGACAGUAUGCAGACAUUCAAGGCGCUGAGAUCGCGUUUCUGAAGGACCUGGACUUCAGGACUUGGGUACAUGAGGCUGACUUCAAGGAGUUUGUGGGCAGGUUUGAGAUUGUUUGGCAGAUCUUUGACCAAGAAGACACCAACGUCCGGAUAGACAUGACCUCAAAAGCGUCUUACGACACCGUCGAAAACUAUCUCGUCCCACCCCGGCUAUACACAUCGUCUUUCCUUGCUCGUCUCAGCACAUUCAUCCUACAUGCCCCGUUCGACAUAGUAGAGUCCACGCUCCGUCCAUCAUCAACGCAUAGCGGUAACACCUCACACAUCAACCCCAACAGCGACGUUCUACGCCCGACGCAGUUCAUGACCACCGUGUGCCAAGGCCUGCUCCAAUUCCUCAAUAUGGACUUUACCUCUGCUGAUCACGCAAGUCCAGAUACCAUCCCUCUCGCCUUAUGUCUACUGCUCCGCUACCGUGUAGCAUCUUCCUCCACGUCCCAGCGUGAAGACGAGCGUAAGUACGAAUAUGCGAUCUCGAAUGAGGAUGGAAGUGAACUCAUCGCUCUCCCCAUACCCUACUCCACAUCCAGAUCAUGUUACCGACCAGAGAUGAGUGAUGCAACGCUUGUUGCGAUAGCGGUGCACACGGCGUACAAGUUCCUUGCUCACGAUUGGGUGAAUUUGGAGCAUUGGGCUGUGCCACUUCAGCUGAGCAGACAUGCUCUGCUGGGAGGGGAGAGAACGUUUUUGAGAGUGAUUGAGUAUGCGGUUUGGGUGAGGCAGGAAGAGUAUCUGCAGAUGAAAGGUAGGCUUGAUGACGCGUGGGAAGAGGUGUUUAAGAAGGCUGUUAGACCGCCGCCUCCGGAUUUCGUGAUGAAGAGGCUGAAGACGAAGGGAUGA